GCAAAAGAUAUGUAUUUAAAAACACGCAAGAGGUACCUAUUUAAAAAUGUGAAAGGUAUAUGUAUGUAAGAAUAUGCAAGUGAUAUAAAUGUGAAAUGACUUCAUCAAAUAAAUAUGAAAGGAAGGAUGGUUUGAAAAAUGAAAUUUUUAGAUUAGCAUUUGCAGUUUUAUUCAAUUGUUUCUUCAUUAAAAAUAUUCAAGUGCUAAAUCAUGCAAAAAUAUUUAGCUUACUCUUAUUUACUACCAUUCAAGCACAAAAAUUGUACUAUGUGCCUUCUACAAGCAAUGAUUAUCAAAUAACGGAGGCUUUUUAUUACAACAAUAACAUAAGUAUUACUCUGAAAGAUGUCAGAAGUAUGAUGAACAUCACAAGUACCUCAUAUUUAUCAAUAAGUCCAAUUGACCCAGGGUUUGACGGAUCACCUGUUGCAUAUUUUACUGUAAAAAUAAAUGGAAUUAAGUUAGUUCAUCAGUUUAUUGUUAAUUCAGGUACUUAUAAUGAAUUUAACUCAAUUGGUGGAAUCUGGUUGUCUUUUCGUUUAAAUAGUGACAGAGAUUUUGUUUUAUACACAGAAUUCAAUCAAACAAAGAUUUUUAAUGGAAACUAUGCUAGCUCUCAAUGGUUCAGUUAUGAUUUGCUAAAUCCAUUUAUGGCUUCUGAAAUCCAAGUUUUUGCUAUCUCAGAAAAUCCUUUGGCUUACUUCACUAUGGACUUUAGAUUUAUUGAACCUGUUCAAUAUUUAUUUGAAAAUCCUAUAAUUGGACUAUACCAGUUUAUGGCCAGUGAUUUCUUAAGUAUCAAAUUGGAUAAAUCUUCACUUAUAUCAGGAAUGGAAUUUGAUAAAAUUGAUUGUUUAUUAAAGUUUUGUAUCUACUAUAGUGCGAACGACCAAUUUGUGUCCUACAAAGACAACAGUUUGUUUGAUAUUACUAUAUUUACAGUUUCGCAAAGAAUUAUUCUUCAACCAUUUCGAACAUCUGAAAUUAACCUAAGUUGUUUAAACUGGUUUUUAAAUGUGCAACAAAGCAUAUCUAUUACUUUAAUUGGAGAUGAUUACCUUUCAGCCGAUUUUAUUUGGUUAAGUGCAAACUUCAUCAAGUAUACAAAUUACUACAUCUAUAAAAACAUCAGGGGUAGCCAGAAGUUGUUUGGAAGCACUCAAUAUUUACAAAAUAAUAUAAACAGUUUUCAUACUUCACUAAUGAGCGAUCAAUUUGGAGCCGAUUGCAUUACUCAGCCACAUUUGUGUGUUAGUGGAUUUACAAUUCAACUUGAUGUUGCUGUUCCGUUUUCAUCUAACCUUAAUUGGAGAGAGUUUUAUGUAUCAGAUUACAAUGUUACUUAUACUAAUUUGUCUGAGACAAUUUUGGUUUUCAAAAACUUUUUCUUGCUAUCUACAGAAAAUUUGAUAAAACUAUCUUUGAAUAUACAUGGUUUACAGAACACUCUUGGUUCAAGUGCAAAAUAUUUAGCAAACAUCUAUGUCUUUUCAGUUUUUCCUCAUGAUGCAACAACAGCACUUCAAUGUUCAGACUAUUACAAUUGGCUGAGCAAUAAUGCCUCCUUUUUAAAUAAUUUUGUAUCAAUAACUUUAGAUGGUUUAUAUAAUGAUCAAAAUUUAGAUUUGACAAGUAUAAUAAACACUUUGAGAAAGAAUUAUGGUAUUUUUAAUGGGUUAUGUUUAAUGAUGCAAACACCUAUUGACUUUCCACAAAAUGUUUUAAAAGCAUUACCGAAUGCUAUAAAGUUGGUGUGUACUCAUGAAAACACUGUUGUUGGAGAUGUACGGUCCUUAAAUACACAGAAUGAAAUUGUAAAUGAAAUUUCUUCACCAGGAAAUUUUUACUAUAAAUAUUAUAAAUACUCUGUUGAAGUUUCUUUUGAUCAAAAUUAUUAUAUGACUGCAAUAAAGUUGUGGAGUCAAUCACCAAUUGAUGCAGAUUUAUUGAUUCAAGCUAAGUACUCUGAUACACAAGCAAAUGAUUAUGUUACAGUUGCUCAGAUUUUUUUAAACGGUGGUGAAAGUCAGUAUGUUCCUUUUGACGUUGUGACCAAAGCAAAAAAUUUUAGAAUAUUAUUAACAUCUAAGAUUAUUAUCAAGUAUAACUUUUAUGGAACUGAAAAUACAUAUUCGACAUCUCCAAUAAUAUCUGCUGGUUUAGGUGGAUAUCAAACAGCUACUCAUGGUAAUGGGUUUCAAAUUCAUUUAACUGAUAAUAACAUAACUGCUACAGUGGUAACAGUUUAUGGAAAGUAUAAAGUUUCAAUGACCAAUCCUUUAUCAGCUCCUUACACUCUUACUCUUGUCUGGUCUGUAGUCAAUGAUACUUUAUAUUUGUAUUAUAAUGACACCUUAAUAGAUACCGGAGGAAUUAGUGCAGGAACAAAUUUUUCAAAUUUUAUGUUUAAUGAGUAUCUUCUUGUAUUUGCUGAUUAUUAUAAUCUUAAGUCUGACAUUCAAACAAGUCUUUCAAAGAUUUCAAUAUGGCGUAUACCUUUAUCAGUAGAUGAAGUUUCUCAAAUUGUUUAUAAAGCCCCUCUUGCUGAGUAUAGCUAUACAAACAUCAUAUCGCCAGACUUUUUUUAUGGUUCAAAUUGUAAUUGCAUUAAUGGAGAAUGUCCUUGUGAAACUCUUGAUAUGACUGCAACAGUGGAGUAUAUAAGUAGGAUGAUAACAUAUUUUGAGGUUUUUGAAGAUGAUUAUUUAGAAGAUGAUCAAUUCUAUGAUAGCAUAGUUGAAACAAACAAUAACUACACAUACAUUUAUUUUGAUGAUAUUGCUUUGAAUUUUAAUAGUACAUAUUUGCUUAAAGUUUCUUUGAAUGUCAACUUACUGUUUUCUAAUACAGAUGAUACCAUCAACCUUCAGAUAUCCAACAGUUCAAACAGUAAAUUUUUAGAAUUAACUAAAUUGAACAUUUUUAAAGAAGAUAAUAGCAUUUAUAUCACAAGUCCUGAUCUGACUGAACUAUUAAGAAUAUUCUCUAGUACAGCAACCCCUCUAACAGUUGCUUUUAGAAUAAAUAAUUUAAAUAUUCAGCCAAAAUGUUAUUUGAGAAUAAAGUAUAAAAUACCACAACCAGGUGGUUUUAUUCAUGCAAAUGCUAUGCAGAGCAGCAUAGAAGAUAGGUUUACUAAAAUUAAUUUUAAUGUUAUUGGAAAAUGUGUUUCUUUCGAAUUUAAAUUUGGAGGACCUGGGUUUUCAAGUCUUGCUAUUUUUGGUAAUAAAGAUUUUAUAAAGACAAGAUUGGGAUACUAUUAUCGUCAAGAAGCACAAGAUAAAUGGAUAAAAGUUGAUCUUGAUUUAAGUUCUAAAAAGUUUCAAACAAUUGAGUUUGUUGCUUUAAAAAAUGGACUCCAAACUGGAUACAUUGCAUUUAGUAGCUUUAAGUUUUUAAAAAACUGUCCUACUGAAGAAACAAAUUUAGCAGAUAAUGGAAGUAUUUUUACAAUGGAUAAGAACUAUUCUCUUCUAUAUCCUGUUGUUAUGGUUACAGAGAGUUAUGAUUUGUAUACAACUUUGAAAAAUAUUUAUAUUAAUCAGUCCAUGACAAAUAUAAUAACCAAUUUCUUUGACAGUUAUGAUUUCAUUUGGUUUACUCAAUUGAUGACAUUUGAUUUUUGGCAUAUAACUGAUUUUACAAUCAUGUUUUGGUUUAAAUAUGCAAGUUCUCUGCAAAUAUUUAAUAUGUAUUUUAACUCAAAUAAUUACAUAAGUAUUAAUACAAAUAAUAAUAAGCAAAGCCUAAUGUAA